UGUGAAACAUAGAAAAUUUAGUUCAGUGCUCUAUUUCGACCGUAUACGUAUAUAGGCUGAAGUCAAAUCAUAUCUCGAAAAUGCUUGGUUUCGGGAUUAUCGACAUCCAUAUCAGCAUCUAGUCCCCGGCGAAUCGCCUUCAAAGUUGAAGCCAAUUUCUUACUUUCACAUACAAAUGCGUAUGGGAAUUUUUCUGCACUCGUUAUCGUUAUGCUAAAUAUUUAAAAAGUGAGAAGUUUUUCCGUAUUAUAAGAUACCUUUCCUUAUGGAGAGAUAAUUAUACUAAAUUUUUGUUUAAAUAUUUUUUUUCCUUGGAGCACUGUGAGCUGAGUCUGAGAUCAAUUUAGGAAUUGGCUUCAAAUAGCUCCAUAUAAAAAGGCCAAUUUGCCAGGCGCUUGAUCAGCAUACUCUGGAUAUAGCUAUCUUGUAGAGUAAGAUCCAAUUUCACAGUUCUACUCAUACAUCGAAUGGGGAAUUCUUUCUAUUCUUCUCUAUCCUUCUCUAUCCUUUCUGUAUUGAGUGGCUGUGCUACUGUGUAAACUGGUUCCCACAGGUGAAUUGCCUCUAUGAGACCGGUCAGAGUGGCACCGAUCGUUGAGGAGAUCGUUGGUGUUCCAUAGAAGUACUGGUCCUUUUCAAAAUUCGCUUCUCCUUACGCCUCACUAAUGCCUAGAAAUCCCUAUUACCGCACUAUUUUUGUGAAAGGCGCUGUCGUAUAACGCCCUUCCCUGUAAAGUACGUACGUAGCCUACGUAGCUCUUUCCGGGGAAUUUCAAAACGUUUCUAACCUGGACUUUUAUAAUUAGUUUUUUCUUUCAAUUUUUUCUCUUUUUUUCUUUCAUUCUACUUUUUCCAAUAUUACCACUGAGAAAAGAAUUGACUUCAAUGAAAAAAAACUAAUCUAUUAUUAGAUCUACAAAAAAUGUAGAGAAAAAAGCAUUAUUUGGAGUUUUUUCUUCUCCUUCAGUCCUUCACAAAAUCCUAUACUGCAGAGGCGUGCAAGAACCGUUGAAACCGAAUAAACGUCAAAUGAAACAUGUACGUCAAUAGUCAAAACGCUACUAUGACAAACUUAUUUUGACGUUUAUUCGGUUUCAACGGUUUUUGCACAUCUCUGCUAUAGUGUGUAUUUCUUUUCCUACCCCUUUAAACGUCCACGACUGCUGCUUUCGUCUCAGGGCGGCAGCUAUCGUAGAGCAAUAGCGGUAGAGAAGGGAGUGUACAGAAUCACUAAUACACUAAAAAAUGUUCAAUUUCCACGCUGACAACAUUUACUUCAAAUUCUCUUUCUGGCACUUUUGAUGUUCAUUUUUCAUUUUGAGCUCCUCAUUUAGCCUAUUGUAUUUCUGUUUAAUGUAAGCCUAAGUGGGGCUCAUUUAAAUAAAAUUAAAACUAAAUAGAGAGAAAAGGGGUAACUGAUGCUACCACCCUUAUUUCAACUUCCUGAGAAUGAACUCUCCACGGUGACUGAUGAUCAAUCACUGAAGUACUGUUGGUAAUUGCCAUGAGCAACAAGAGCAUCAUACAACAACCUUCAGCACCCGCCUUUGAAUAGUAAGGGUUGGGCGUGCAAAAGAAAUAAAGGAUUUGAAUUCAAGGGAUACAGCCAUUAACAGGGUUGACAUGUGUCGAAUAGGCCGUACUCUCUAUAUUAUUUUUUUAUUAAAUCUUUUUUGCCUCACACUUUUAGGAAAGUUGAAGACUUUUUGCUGUGGAUUAUUUUUAAAUAAAUUGAAUUGAAUUUAUUAAAAUAGCAACGACAAAAGAUCUUUACGAUCAACCGCUUGCAAUUGUCCUUCCUUUAAGUUGUUUAAAGAGACUGAUACACAAUUUUUCUUUCAAAUUUAACUUCUGCGCCUGACAGCUGGAGAAACUAAAGUAGUUAAAUUUAUUAUGGAAUAAAUGGAAAAAGGAAAAACCAGUGCAUUUGUUUCCAGUAAGGAAAAAAAAUUAUCGAAUAAGGCCACGCCCAUUUGAUAGGAUUAUUUACCAGUCUUUUCUAUUCCUUCCAGUCAAAGCCCCUGUUUUUUUUUUAAAUAUAUAUUUGAAAUUUCGUAAAAUAAUUCAAUAUAUUCAGUAAUUUGUUUUGGAAUAAAUUUUUUCAAAGAUAACUUCGCCAAUUGCAAAAAUUUUAGGGCGUGGCCUAAUAUUUUGUUGUUUGGAAUUGAUGAUUGGUCAUUUGUUUUGGAGUUCAAUAUUUAUUUUCCUGCGAAAAAAUAGUUUAAAAAGGUUACAGUACGGUAAUGUCAUGCCAAUGAAAUUUUUACAAUAACUUACAGAGAUAAUUGAGAGAUAAGGAAAUUAAAAAUCUGUAUAAUCUUGUUGGAAGAGGGAUAGAAAGGGAUGUGCGAAAAGAAAAAUAUAAAAAAAAACAAUUAGCUAAUAUCGCGUUUGUUAAUCAAAUUAUUAAUAUUACAAAUUGCAUAUGAAUGAAAAUUUUAACUGCUAUAUGAAAAAAUUGAGAGAGAUAUGGAGAGAGAGAAAAAAAUUAAUUGAACAUUCUAAACACCACCGAUUUUUACUCUGUGUGUGUGAUCUUUUAUUGCUCCUUUUGUAAAUUAUGUAUUAUCUUCAGCAAAAGAUAAAACUUGCUAAUAUAAAAAAAAGAAUGUGAGAAAGCAUAGAUCUUUGCGGUAUAAAAGAAAAAAAAUAAACGAAUCACAUAAAAUGAUUAUAAAUUUGCUCUAGCAAUUUGUGCUCCUUACAAAUAAUUUCUCAGCAAUAUUUUUGUCGAUUUGAUCCUUUUAUUUUAGAUUUUAAUCUUAAUUGUAAUUGAAGGCAAGAUCCGAAGAUGAAACUGACGAUAGAUUUUUCUCAAUAAAAUCUUAUUUUAUAUCAUGUAAAUUUCACUUUUUUUUCAUUGAAUUUUUGAUAGCCGUUUUCACUUGUUUUAUACAUAUUUUCAAUGGCCAAAGAACCUGUGACUAACCUUGUGGGCGUACUUCUUGAAUAAUUGAGUUAAAGGAAAAGAUUUCACGGGGAAUUAUAACAAAAGAAAUACCUGAGAACUAUCCGGAUUCUUCCACGCAAAAUUACCAAAUUUUUCGCUACCACCGUGCAACCAACUUUGCAGGAUUCUCACGGGAAAACUGCGUCAGAGGAAGGGCAGGUAUUUAAAAAGAAUUCACGAGAUUCUAUGGAUUUCAUGACCACACUUAAUUAUUUAGCAAUUUGAUAAUCAAUUCCGAGGAAAACAACUAAAUUGCCCAAUUUUCUGUCACCACUCAAUGGACGCAGAAUGCAAAAUAAGUGCUCAGGUGCUCAGUAUUCUGUUGACUCUGGAAGAGUCCAUAACAGAGAUUUUUCUUCAAAGUUAGAGUGUAGAAUGGUCAAGAUGGAGAAUAACACAAGAUCGGGACUGAAGUUCUCUUUUGCAAGGAAUAGUAGCUAUGUGAUUCCAGGGGUUUAUGAUUUGAGUGUCGAGGACACUAACUGGGUACUAACGUCCUCCUUUAUCAUCUUCACAAUGCAGACUGGUUUUGGGAUGCUGGAAUCAGGAUGUGUCAGUGUGAAGAAUGAGGUGAACAUUAUGAUGAAGAACAUUAUUGAUAUCGUCCUGGGUGGUUUCACAUAUUGGCUCUUUGGCUAUGGGAUGUCUUUUGGACGUGGUCCACUUACGAAUCCCUUCAUUGCCAUUGGAGACUUUCUGAUUGAUCCCAGUGUGGGAGAUCCACUGAUGGGGCCAAUAUUUGCUGCAUUUCUCUUCCAAUUGUCCUUCUCAACCACGGCCACGACCAUCGUGAGUGGAGCAAUGGCUGAGAGAUGCAAUUUUAAGGCUUACUGCAUCUUUUCCUUCCUCAAUACAGCGGUUUAUUGCAUCCCAGCUGGAUGGGUUUGGGGUGAGCAUGGCUUCCUGCACAAUCUGGGAUGCGUGGAUAUUGCAGGAAGUGGUCCGGUUCAUUUGAUUGGAGGAUCUGCAGCAUUUGCAUCUGCUGUAAUGCUGGGACCACGUCUAGGGCGCUACGAUGAUGGACUUGAUCCACUGCCCCUGGGAAAUCCCGUUAAUGCCUGCAUGGGCCUCUUUGUACUCUGGUGGGGCUGGUUGGCCUUCAAUUCCGGUAGUACUUAUGGCGUGAGUGGAGCCAAGUGGCAGUAUGCAGCCCGGGCAGCAGUUAUGACCAUGAUGGGGUCAUUUGGAGGAGGAACUUUCAGUGUCAUAUACUCAAUGCUAAAGAAUGAUGGAAAGAUGGACAUUGUGGAUCUAAUCAAUGGUAUCCUUGGUGCAUUGGUGUCCAUCACAGCAGGAUGCUUCCUCUACCAUGCAUGGGAAGCCAUAAUUAUAGGGAUGAUUGGAUCAUUCCUUACCUGCAUUACCAUGCCACUCUUCGACAAAAUGUCUGUAGAUGACCCUGUGGGAGCUUCCUCUGUUCAUGGAGUCAGUGGAAUCUGGGGCGUGAUUGCUGUGGGGCUGUUUGCGGACAAUCCAGUGCCCCUGACAACGACAAAUGGUCGUCGGGGGUUGUUCAAGGGCGGAGGAUGGUAUUUAUUGGGCAUUCAGACCCUCUCUGCUGUCUGUCUUGGCGUUUGGGGUGUUAUGUCGACAUACCUGCUUCUGUGGUUCAUCAAUAAAAUCGUUCCCAUCCGAAUGGAUUCAACUGAAGAACUUCUGGGAGCUGACUUGAUGGAACACCAUGUCCGACAUGGUCAGAUAGGAAUUUCUCGAGCCCUCUCAGCCCUAGCACCACUGAAGACGGACCUAAAGGAAGUGAAGGAGCUCCCCAGGAUUGGAAUGAAUCCUGGCCAUGAGAGCUACAUUGAUGUUAUGAAAUUGGCAGAGAUGAAACUUCAAUCGUGGCGUGAUUAUGGAGAGGAGAAACUUCGUGAGGCCAGUGCUAAGAAACCAAACAGAAGACUUUCAAAUCUAGCCAGAGCAGUUCCCAUUUUCAGACGAAGAACCCGAGGUGAUGCUGAGAUCUCCACAGACGCCCCCAGAGGAACAUUCACGGUGAGCCAGCAAAUUGGUGAAUCUAGCGGCAAAGACAAUCCAAAUUUUGCGUGGGUGGAUUGA